GUUUCAUUUCAUACCGGCAUUGUCUCAGUUAAAUAGUGGAGUUUUAUAAAUUACUGAAGAGAUAUCAUAACUAGCAAUGAAAUACUUUUUAUUGCUGGGCAUCGGCCUCCUGUUUCUCUCAGGAUGGGCGUACGGGCAGGAGGGUGUUGGUGUGGGCACCGCCGAGGAGGUGACUGUGGACGCUGAUUUGGGGGCGUCUCGAGAAGGUUCACGAACCGAUGCGGAGGCGGUGCUGCGCGAGGAGGAGGCGAUCUCGCCGGACGGGCUGAGCGUGGCGCAGAUGCGCGAGCUGCGCGACAAGGCGCAGAACUUCACCUUCCAGACCGAGGUCAACCGCAUGAUGAAGCUCAUCAUCAACUCGCUCUAUAGGAACAAAGAGAUAUUCUUGCGCGAAUUGAUCUCGAACGCAUCGGACGCGCUGGACAAGAUCCGUCUGUUAUCGCUGACGGACCGCAACGUGCUGGACGCCAACCCGGACCUCAGCAUCCGGAUCAAGGCGGACCCGGAGCGGCGCCUGCUGCACAUCAUCGACUCCGGCGUCGGCAUGACCCGCGCCGACCUCGUCAACAACCUCGGCACCAUCGCCAAGUCCGGCACCGCAGACUUCCUCUCCAAGAUGCAGGACACUGAGAAGUCUGACAACCAGGAAAUGAACGACAUGAUCGGCCAGUUCGGCGUGGGCUUCUACUCCGCAUUCCUGGUGGCCGACAAGGUGACGGUGGUGUCGAAGCACAACGACGACGCGCAGCAAGUGUGGGAGUCCGACGCCAACUCGUUCAGCGUCGCCGAGGACCCGCGCGGGCCAACACUCAAGCGGGGCACGCAUAUCACAUUGCACCUGAAGGAAGAGGCAGCGGAUUACCUGCAAUCGGACACGAUCCGCUCGCUGGUCAAAAAGUACUCGCAGUUCAUCAACUUCCCCAUCCACCUGUGGGCCUCCUCCACGCGCUCCGUAGAGGAAGCGGACGACGACGAUGCGGAUGCUGAUGCUGCCGACGCUGAUGACGAUGCUAAGGUGGAAGACGCAGCGGAGGAGAAACCCGAAAAGAAGAAGACCGAGAAGACCGUGUGGGACUGGGAGUUGAUGAACGACAACAAGCCCAUCUGGACGCGCAAGCCCAGCGAGGUGUCCGACGACGAGUACACGCAGUUCUACCGAUCGCUCACCAAGGACGAGGCGCCGCCGCUCGCCAAGUCCCACUUCGUAGCCGAGGGGGAGGUGACAUUCCGCGCGCUGCUAUUCGUGCCGCGCGUGCAGCCCGCGGACUCGUUCAACCGGUACGGAACCAAGACGGACCGCAUCAAGCUGUACGUGCGCCGCGUGUUCAUCACCGACGAGUUCAACGACCUCAUGCCCGCCUACCUCGCCUUCAUGCAGGGCAUCGUGGACAGCGACGACCUGCCGUUGAACGUGUCGCGCGAGACCCUGCAGCAGCACAAGCUCAUCAAGAUCAUCAAGAAGAAGCUCGUGAGGAAGGCGCUCGACAUGCUCAAGAAGAUCCCCGACGACGAGUACCAGCACUUCUGGAAGGAGUACUCCACUAACAUCAAGCUGGGUGUGAUGGAGGACCCCAGUAACCGGUCCCGCCUCGCCAAGCUGCUGCGCUUCCACUCGUCCGCGUCCCCGGACAUGACGUUCCUGGCCGACUACGUCGCGCGGAUGAAGCCCAACCAGAACCACAUCUACUACAUCGCCGGCUCCAGCCGCGCCGAUGUGGAGAAGUCUCCGUUUGCGGAACGUUUGGUUCGUCGCGGGUACGAGGUGCUGUACCUGACGGAGGCCGUCGACGAGUACUGCCUGUCCUCGCUGCCCGAGUACGACGGCAAGAAGUUCCAGAACAUCGCCAAGGAGAUCUUCGACCUGGACGAGAGUGAGGGCGAGAAGGAGCGCGUGGAAGCGCAGAAGAAGGAGUUCGAGCCCCUGCUCAAGUGGCUCGGGGACAAGCUGGGCGCCUUCAUCACCCGCGCCGCCGUGUCCCGCCGACUGGCGCGAUCCCCCGCCGCCCUCGCCGCCACCGCCUUCGGGUGGACCGGCAACAUGGAGCGCCUCGCCAUGUCCAACGCGCACCAGAAGGCUGACGACGCCCAACGCAAGCACCACCUCACUCAGAAGAAGAUGUUGGAGAUCAACCCGCGGCACCCCGUCGUCGUGGAACUGUUGCGAAGAGUGAAGGACGACCCUGAGGAUGAAGCGGCGAUCCGUGCCGCGAGGACUUUGUACCGCACCGCCGCCUUGAGGUCGGGCUACAUGCUGCAAGAAGGCCAAGCGGUAGAUUUCGCGGAAUCUGUUGAAGGAAUGCUGCAACUAUCACUCGGUCUUCCCGCCGACGCCAAACCCGAUGAGGACGAGCCGAUAGACGACAUCGCCGACAACGCUGACAACGCCGAAAACAUCGACGCCGACGCCGACCACGACGAACUAUAAGACGCCGCCAUCUAGCGAGAGAAUUGAAUCCAUACAUGCGCCUGCGAUGCAAAGAAAAAGCUAUACGAAAGCACUUUUCCAUUGAAAUUAUAUAAUAAAUUACCUAAUAUAUUUUUCAGCCUUAUAUUUAUAAAUGACUUUUGCUAAUAACACAUCUAGAUUUAAAAAUUAAACCUGAAUAAGGAAACUUAGCUUAUCGAGCAAAACGUUUAGCUAUGAUCAGAAAUUAUAAUUGAUCGCACAAAAGACGCAUGCAUAGAUUUAAAUCUCUUAAAUUAAAUGUUGAUAACUCGUUCAUUCCACAGUCGUGAGUAUUUCGAGCUGACUCCACGCCCCACUCCCGCGCCGCCUACUCUAUUAUGUAUGGAUAUUUUGUAUAUUCAUUACGAAUGAAUUUCAGUUUGUCUGCGACCACAAUACUAGAGACUUACUUGAUUGAAUGAAAAUUGAUUUCAAUUGUUAUUAUAUUUUGUUAAGUUGGUCCGCUCGAUUGUACGUUGCGCGUCGCGAGUUGUCAUCAGUGUUGUCCGUAUGUCACAUAUAAUUUGUCGUCAGUAUGUUUAGUAUAAUGAUGUUGGAUGCGUUGUGAAUGUAAGUAUGAAUUGUGAAUGUUUCCUGCAUUUAUGUGCGAGUGUUUUUUUUAUAUAAAGAGCAUGACUUAGGGAUACUUUUGUAAAUAAAUAUAUUUAUUUAAUAGUUUUGUUUCUUUUAUUGCUAUUUCCCACUGACCUCACAUAUUAUUAUAUACAACCCAACAACGCAGCUAAACAGCG